AUGGCGUGGUCUGCUAUAAAGCGCAGACAUUUGGAGGAUGGUUUUGGUUCCUUUGAGUUUCAGUUUCAGACCCAGAAGAGGAUAAGGUCUUCUAGGGUUUAUGAGACCCAACGGAAUGUAGCCGUUGAGGAAAAGUCGACCGUUGGUCUUCCUCUGAGCAAGGGUUUGGCUUCGUCUGCAACAAAAAAUGCCGACCCAGAAUCAGAAGAUCUGGGUUUUGAUGAAAUCUGUCAGACCCAGAAGAGGAAGAGGUCUUCUAGGGUUUCUGAGACCCAACGGAAUGUAGCCGUUGAGGAAAAGUCGACUGUUGGUCUUCCUCUGUGCAUGGGUUUGGCUUCGUCUGCUACAAAAAAUGCCAACCCGGAAUCAGAAGAGGGUUUUGAUAAAAUCUGUCAAACCCAGAAGAGGAAGAGGUCUUCUGGGUUUUCUGAGACCCAUCGGAAUGUAGCCGUUGAGGAAAAGUCGACUGUUGGUCUUCCUCUGUGCAAGGGUUUGGCUUCGUCUGCUACAAAAAAUGCCAACCCGGAAUCAGAAGAGGGUUUUGAUGAAAUCUGUCAAACCCAGAAGAGGAAGAGGUCUUCUAGGGUUUCUAAGACCCAACGGAAGGAAAAGUCGACUCUUGGUCUUCCUAUGUGCAAAGUCAAAGGUUUGGCUUCGUCUGCUUCAAAAGAGACGUUGGAUUGUUCUAAGGUCUUGGCUUCUCUGAUGAACCUCGGCCAUGCGAGCUACUUCAACAAGCCUGUUGUUGAUCCUGUGGCUGAGAAUCUGCCGGGUUAUUUCGACGAAAUCUGGAGGCCGAUGGAUUUGGGUACUGUGAAAUCGAAAUUGGAGAGGGGUGUCUACUCCAGCGCUGAUGACUUUGCUGCUGAUAUCAGGCUUAUCUUCUCAAACGCUUUCAGAUAUUUCCCCCUUGGGAGUAGAAAUCGUGCAGCAGCCAAGCAUCUCAGUGGGGUUUUUGAGACCCAAUGGAAAGAAGCCAAGGAGAAAAUGUCAAAUGCUGCUUGUCCUCCUCCUACUCCUCCUCUGCCCAAACGGAGACCAAAUGGCAAGAGCUCUUCUGCUUGUAGGAUUCUUAUGCAAAGUCAAGGGGUUGUUGGGGUUUCUGAUUCUCACUCAGUUAAGUCUACCAAAGAUGAUGAUUCUCACUCAGUUAAGUCAACCAAAGAUGAUGACUUGGGCACCCUUGUUCAUCAUGCCAUGUAUCAGGCCACAGACAAUCUUUCUCCAUGUAAGGCUAGGCGAAUUCAGUCGCUCAAGAUGCGAUUUUCAGGUACAAUACGGAAAGCAAACAAGAUACUUAAGGGUCUACCUGAUUCUCCACCAAGGAGAAAAUUGAUGCAUCGGAUGGAGCAAAGGCAAUCGGCUCGCCUUGCUAUUUUGAACAUGGAGAAGUCAGUCCAAUUUGAGGACCCUUUAAAGGAUCUCAAACAACUUGAGAUUCUGUGUGGCUGUGGCAGUGAAAAGGUCUACCUUGGAUUGCCUCUUAAGCAUUUGGGUUUGUACCUCAAGGAAGAUGACGAGUUGCAGGGUCAGGACGAGGAGGCGUUUCUGAAUGGAGAUUGGGAGGAAGGCGAGAUCUGCUGGCAGGAGGGCGAUUGGGAGGAAGUUUUUGUGUGAUUGCUAUUUGAUGGCUAAUGCAACUGAGAGCGAAUGGUUUGGGCAUGAGGGACAAAAGUAUGUAAGUUUGCAAUAAAACUGAAAUCAAAUCACACGGAAGCUUAUCAAGAACUUGGAGACAAUUCCCCAUCUUCGCAGGUGCAUCAGCAGCAGCUUUUCUUUCCCUAUGAACGUAAACCAUAGAGAAAUUCCAAACUCCAGCUAAUCAGGUUUCUGCAUCUUUAAGUCUGUUUUGAUUUAUUAAAGGAAUGAAAUGAUGAAUAAGUGUUUCGCAUCUGUACAAAUAAAAUGAUUUCUUGUAUAAGCUGUUCAGUUGCGAAGGUUGUUGCUAUAGAGUGUGUGCCCCACUCGUCUAACCCCAGCAUUGGCAUUUGCUUCAGUAACCCUGAUAAUCAGUUUGCAGUUUGCAUUGCUGUUGGAGUUGUGUGGCCUUCAUCAUCUCUUCAAUAAUCUUCAAUAAGGGUUAUAUCAUGGCUAUUUCAGGUAAAAUUGCUAAAGAUUUUAUAUUAUAGAUAAUAUUUGUUUUUGUUAACUUGAAAAGGAAAAUGGAGUGAAAAUUCCAUUAUUGAUUGUUCUAAUAGGUUUUCUUGUGACCUUCCAUACAAUAAAUGAUUCGUUAUCUUUGCUUUAUGCUUAGCUAACAUUGUUCUUAAGAAACUGCUACUUUCAUUAACAUAAUGUAUCACAAUCAUUUAUUAAAGUGCUAUAAAAAGGUCUGUGCAGUGAUCUUUUUGUAAUAGCUUCUAUAGUGAUGUCUUGGAUGCUAUAAUCCAUUUUUGUUUUUUUGUUUCAAAUACUUCCUACUUGGCUUAGAGGGAUCUGUAUAUGCCUCUCAAAGACGAUGAGAUCUUUGAGCAUGUACAUGGGAGGUGACGAUAAGUUAAAUUUCUUGGCUAUAGACCAUGGGUUGAUAAGUUAGUACUUUUAUAAUGCGGUGAAGAUCAUCACGUGUAGAUACAAAGGAGCUAUUGGCUUAGAUUCACAUUUUAAGAUCAAUAGGAAUGGUUGAGAAGGUUGGUGUGCAAGGGACUGAGUUGCAUUCUUUUAAUUGAGACAUCUCAAAGUGUUUGUGGAAUUCACAUCCCACAAAUUGAUGCUUUCAUUGAGAGCCACCUCAACAGGAUUUUCUAUUUUGUUAUAGAUAACUUAGAACCUUGCUAUUAUUAGGGAAUCUCUUUUACAUUUUACUUUCUAAUUUGUUAUAGAUGAGAUUUCCAAUGUGGAUAUAGUUGUCUCUGCCUGAUGCAAUCCUAGACAUCCAGAUAUCUUGGAAACAUUAGCAAAGUAUGUGCUUGUUCAUAAAGUUUUUUUUUCUUUGUUCCGAGUACAUUGCUUUCUGAGUUUAACAUUGUGCUAGUUUUUCUUUCUUCUUUUUGGUUUAAUAAAGAAUGAUAAUGAUGCAAGCCAGAAUAUUUAGCAUCUUGAGCAACAAAUUAUUCCUUGUAAAAGAAUGUUUCUGCAUCUUUAUGUUGGUUUUGAUUUAAUAAGGAUUUCUUGUCAAAGAUGUUCAGUUGCAAAGGUUGUUGGCUGGUCAGGCCCCCCCAAUUUUCUUUUCAUUCUUGUACUGUCUCUUCACGUCAAUAAUGCCAUAAUAUGAAGGAAAACUAUGGAGUGUGCCCCCUUCUUUUAAACCCUGCAGUGGCAUUUGCUUCAGUGACUCUGAUAAUCAGGUACACCAUCUUCAUUUCUCCUCUAUAUUUAUGAAAUAACCCAAUCAGCGUUUUCUUUGUUUUUUUCUUUUGUGGCUUAGAUUUCUCCCUCCUUUUUUGUUUCUUUUUCUGGGGUCUCAUUUAUGUUGCUGUCACUAUGGUUAUGUUUUAAAGAUCAAUGACAUUUCAUGCAACAAUUUACAGAGCUGCUACUGUUUAGGAAAUCUAUGCUACCAAUUUGUGUUCUUUGGUUUCGUCUUAUCAGAUGUUUUGAGCCUUGUUUAGGAAAUCUAUGGUAAAUAAAAUUUAGGUUUGUUUCAUACUAGUAUGAUUUUCACUGAGAACUUGGGUUGAUGAAGAAGAAAGGUUGGAAGUAAGUUUUAAAGUAUACUAUCUGCAUUAUGAGAUCUUGAGGUAGUUUGAGCAUUAUAUAUAGAUUAGAAUGCCCAGCAAGCAGUA